CUGCGAAAGAGUUUGAGAUUGAGGAUGAAAUUACCAUCGACAACAAUUCGUGUGCUGUUGAGGAGAGUGUUGACGACGGGAAACCAACUUUUAUGAACGACACAUAUUAUGUUUCAUCUGAUGACGAGGACGAUGACGACAUGAGUUCAUAUGAAACAAGGUUGUCAAAAACUAGUAAUGUUGUUGAAGUGGUGAUCAAGACGGAGAAGCGUUCGUUGGUCAGUGGACUUUAUGUUGAAGUUCCUCCGAGGAAAAAGAUCAGAAGCGCGUACAAGUCAAAGGAAUUCGAGGAAGAAAUCUCCUAUACUGAGGAAGAAUGCCUUUCAGAAUUAUUGAGCUGUGAAAAUAUUUCAGAAAUAAGUGACGAUGACUACAUAAAGUACGAUCUUAAAAAUUUUAUAAUAUACGACUAUUCAGAGAAGGAGAUUGCGGAAAUUACGAUAGAAAAAGAAAACAAGACAAUCUAUUGGGACGGUAUAAUAGUGGAUAAUAAUAAAGAGUUGUUUUGCAAGGAGGCGGUUUACACCACUUUUUCGAUAAGCGGAUACGGUCAAAAAAUUCCUGAUAUUGAAGUCCUGAUUCAGUCGAAUCUUGAUAAGAAUGUGUGGUACAAUUUAGUCGAACCUCACCCCAUGUAUCAAAGGUUGUGGAUUUCAUUUAUAUGGAAAGCCCGUAUGGUUAAAUAUGUGCUUGAUUACCUUCACGAAAAUCCAAACUCCCUUUUUCACGAUCUUAAACAAAAUUUCUAUGAUUGGAUAUCGAAAUAUCGUUCAACCAACCCCGUGUUCAAAGAGUGGAUCAGUGCCGUAAAAGGAAAUUUCGAUUUUCGAUCCGUGGUGGCGAAUAAUAUCGAACUCCUUUGGAACCAAGCACACAAUCUCGGCAAAGGCUAUUCAAAUCUUAAAUUCUUUGGCGUCAUUCAAAGCGACCAAGAAUAUCAACAAUACAAAAUAAUUGACCACUCAGAAAAAGUGCAACAUUUCGAGUGCUGCAUAUCGGAAGAAGAACAGCUUUACGAGAAAGUGACAAUCGAUGGUGUAACAUUUAAUGUGGGUGAUGCGGUCGAGGUUUAUCCUGACGAACCUUCCAAAAGUGAUCGGUGGUUAUGCGAAUACGAAGUAGGGGACUGCAUAUUGGUCAAUCCUCAAAGCGGUGAUACCACGGACUUUUAUACCGUGUGCUGCAUAGAAUCCGUGGACUCCGAGAACGAAAUCGUCAAAUUACGACGUUUCUACCGGUUUUGCGAGAGUGUGGCUCGCGCAUGUCACAUAGAAUUUUUGGAAUUUGGGAAACCAUUGCCAGUAAACCUUUUGCAUAAGGGUUCUGGGAAUCACUUCUUCUUUUCGCGAAAGUAUGACAGGGAAACCAAAUCCAUAAGACCAAUUAAAUCGAAUAAAUCAUCAUUGUCCGCGAAGUUUCCUGAUUACAAGUAUAAAGUCGGACAUAUUGGUAGGCUUAAUGGGUUGGAUCUUUUUUGCGGCGGAGGUUCACUGGGUCGCGGGUUCGAGGAUGCUGGUGUCGUUAAAUGCAAAUGGGCCAUAGAUAAAGACUCCGCGGCUCUCAAAACAUAUCGUCAUAAUGCGCAAGGGGAUGACAUAACUAUAAUAAAUGAAAGUGUCAAUAAGAUUUUGUCCGCCGCCAUCCUUGGUACUAAUGAUGUUCGUGUUCCCGAAAAGGUAAAUCUGGAUCAACGUUUGCUUGGGUUAUCAUUGAACCCUUACAUUUUAGUUAACAUCGAUUAUCGAAAUUUAACGUAA